CGUUAUACUGUCUGUUUGCUGUCAAUGUCAUAUCACAUUCACAACGCCAAUUUGCCAAUGUCGAAUGUUCGCUCUACCUCUACUGGUCCUCGGAAAUUUUGUACGAAUUGACAUUUUUAUAGUAUAUAUUAGCAAAUUCACUAUCUAUAAAUCAAUGUGUUUUUAUACUCCCACCCAAGUUUCUGUCACCUUAUUAUAUUUAUGAUAUGUAGGAAAAUAAUUGUAGUAGCGCAUUUAUCAAUAACAUCAUAUAUUCUUACUAACUAGUUGAUCAUAAUAUGUUAUAAUGUGUUUUAUUAAAAUGAAUAGAAAGUUACGUAGAAGAAACGAACAGUAUUGUGAUAGAAGAGUAAUCAUUAAAAGCAAGUAAAUACUGAUCAAAAAUGGGGUACCCGGGCGGGCGACGUGAGGCUGCGACCGUGGUGGCACUGUGCGUCGCCUGGUACGCGCUCAGCUCGGCCAGCAACGUGGUGGGCAAGCUCGCUAUGACUGAGUUCCCGUUUCCGCUGACGGUAACGAUGGUGCAGCUGCUGUCAGUGGUGGCGUACAGCGCACCUGCGUUCGCGCUGUUCGGCGUGCGCCCUGAGCCGCCCUUCCCGCGCCGCUACUACUGGCGGACGCUUGUCCCCCUCGCCUUCGCGAAGUUUUUUACAACCAUGUUCUCACAGGUCUCAAUAUGGAAAGUACCUAUUUCCUAUGCACACACAGUGAAGGCGACGACGCCGCUGUGGACUGCGCUGCUGGCGCGCUUGCUGACGGGCGAGCGACAGACGCGCGGAGUGCAGGCGGCGCUGGUGCUGAUCGCGGCGGGCGUGGCGCUGGCCUCGGCCACCGAGAUGCACUUCGACGCCGUGGGCCUGGGCGCGGCGCUGGCGGCGGCCGCAUUACUGGCGCUGCAGCACAUCUACUCCAAGCGCGUGAUGCGCGACACCGGCGUGCACCACCUGCGGCUGCUGCAGAAGCUGGGUCGGCUGGCUCUAUUGCUGCUGCUGCCGCUGUGGGCGGUGGUGGAGGGCGGGGCUCCGAGCCGGCUGGCCGGCGCCCCGCACGCCGCGCGCUUGGCCGCGCUGCUGGCGGCCGACGGCGCGCUGGCCUGGCUGCAGGCCGUCGUCGCCUUCAGCGUGCUGUCGCGAGUGUCUCCGCUCGCGUACGCGGUGGCCUCUGCGGCCAAACGCGCUGCCGUCGUGGCCGCCUCGCUGCUGCUGCUGCGCAACCCCGCGCCCCCCCUCAACCUGGCCGGCAUGGCCCUGGCCGCGCUCGGCGUGCUCGUCUACAACCGCGCCAAGCUGCACGCGCGCCGCCCCCCGCCCCCCACACCCGCCCUGCUGCCCGUCUGA